AUGCAGCUUCCGGCAAUUGACAUCAUCUAUCAUGAGCCCAUCACCUUGAGUGAUGGGACCGUCUUGUCAGCCAUGAUAUGGCUACCCAGAAACGCUAAAUCGCACCCCGUCCCAGCAAUUCUCGAAUACUUGCCAUACCGAAAGCGAGACAUGACUGUCGUGCGUGAUGCCAUGAAUCAUCCAUACGUUGCAGCCCAUGGCUAUGCCUGUGUCCGCGUAGACAUGCGAGGAACUGGUGAUUCUCAAGGUAUUCUAAGAGGCGAAUACCUACCACAAGAACAAGAUGAUGCUUUGGAGAUUCUGAACUGGAUCGCUGCGCAAGACUGGUGUACAGGAUCGAUAGGCAUGAUCGGUAUCUCGUGGGGCGGCUUCAAUGGAUUGCAAGUUGCGGCUCGUCGACCACCCGAGCUCAAGGCUGUUAUUUCUAUCUGUUCGACUGAUAUGCGCUAUGACGACGACAUUCAUUACAUGGGCGGCUGUAUCUUGACCGAAAAUCUCACCUGGGCUGCUUCUAUGUUUUCAAUCAACUCGUCGCCUCCCGAUCCUGCAAUAGUUGGUGAUCAGUGGCGAGACCUCUGGCUAAAGCGACUUGAAUCAGGCGGACUUUUCGCCGAAGAGUGGCACCAGCAUCAGAGGCGCGACGAUUUCUGGAAACAUGCGUCUAUCGGAGAAGAUUACAGCUCCAUCCAAUGUCCUGUUUAUCUCGUGGGCGGAUGGAUGGACCCUUACACCAACACCAUCUUCAGAAUGUUGGAGAACCUGAAAGUUCCGAGGAAAGGUCUUGUUGGUCCUUGGGGACAUAAGUACCCUAACUUUGGAUAUCCCGGCCCUCAAAUUGGGUUUCUGCAAGAGUCUAUUCGGUGGUGGGAUAAGUGGUUGAAAGGAAGCGAGACGGGAAUCAUGCAUGAGCCUAUGCUUCGAUGCUAUCUUCAAGAUCCGACCCCUCCUGCACCGUAUAUGGAGCAUCGUCCUGGGCGCUGGGUUGCUGAGGAUGAUUGGUCCGAUUCCAAGUCUUCCUUGCUGCGUUUGAGUCUCUCGCCUGGCCAGUUGACAACCGGCAAUCCAAGCAGCGAUGAAAAGCUUGAGAUCUGCUCUCCUCAAACAGUGGGAUUUGCAGGUGGCAGAUGGUUAGUCUUCGGCGUCGAAGGUGAAGGGCCUGGUGAUCAGCGUCUUGAAGCUGGAGGAAGUCUCGUAUUUGAUUCACCAGUUUUAUGUGAACCUAUGGACUUUCUCGGAGCCCCCGUCUUGAAGGUGCGCGUUGCGAGUGAUAAAGCAAGUGCUCUGGUAGCAGCGACCUUGUCGGAGGUACUACCCAGUGGCGCGGUAACCAAAUUUUCCCAUGGCGUUCUUAAUCUGACGCAUCGGCAUGGCCAUGAAGAUGUGCGACCUCUAGAGCCUGGGAAGUUCUAUGACAUUACCCUCAAGUUGAAUCACUUUGGACAGCGUAUCGGCGUUGGAAGUCGACUCCGCGUUGCCUUGUCCUCGACGUACUUCCCCUUAGUCUGGCCAUCACCUGAAGUCACAAACCUCACCAUCGACUGUGCCCACAGCACUCUAGAUCUCCCCAAGCGUGACGAUAACCCUCAAGACUCGUAUCUCAAACCUUUCAAACCAGCCGUCAACGGAUCCCUCUCACAAACUGAGCUUCGACCUGCGAAACACAGAAACUACGUCACCAACGAUUGGGACUCUGGCGAAACAGCUCUUUGCGUUGACUGGGACGAUGGUAUGUGGGAAGUCAAUGAAACAGGUUGGAAGUAUGGAUGGUGGACAGGCUUGAAGUCGAGUGUGAAGCCAGACGAUCCGUUGUCCGCGGAGGUUGAGCAGCGAUUUCAGAGGGACUUUGAGAGGGAUGAUACUGUUAUCAAGACGAAAGGCUGGACGAAGAUGAAGAUGACGAAGACUGAUAUGACUAUUACCGCCCGUCUUGAUGCAUACGAGAAUGGGAAGGCUGUCUUUGGAAAAGACUUUUCUUUUACAAUUCCUAGGGACAACGUCUAA